CAUUGUUGAAGAAGAUAGAGAAAAUUGUAUAAACGAGGUCUGGCCAGAAUCCCACUUUACUCUGAAAUUCACAGAGCAACAGAUAGCAUCAUUGUCCUCUGUUCAUCCCUAAAUUCAAGAAGGAGAGAUGGCCGAUCUGACACCUGUUCAAGUUGAAGAAGCCAGAGAUCAUUUUGAGAUCUAUGAUUUCAAUGGCGAGGGCAAGAUUGAUGCUGUCAAUUUGGGUGAUUGCAUCCGCUCUUUGAAUCUCAGACCAACUGAACAACUUAUUGAAAGCUUAGGGGGUACGAAAAAGCCAGGCGAGAAAAAGAUGACCUUUGAAGAAUUUUUACCAGCCUACAGUCAAGCUAAAAAAGAUAAGGAUUUCGGUACCCUAGCUGACUUUCUGGAAGGAUUCAAGGUUUACGAUAAAUUGGAAAAUGGCACAAUGCUUAUGGCAGAAUUGGCCCAUGUAUUAGUAUCUCUAGGAGAAAGAAUGACUGACGACACUAUUGAGGAUGUUCUGAAGAGCCAUGCAGGCGAAGAAGAUGAAGACGGUUACAUCCAUUACGAACCAUUCCUCAAAGGAGUACUUAAUGGACCAUACCCUGCACCACCAGAAGAAAAGUAAGCGUCGAGCCAUCAUCCUUCCAAUCUUGAAAUCCGUACAACUGGUUUUAAAUGAUUAAACUUUGCAGGAAUCGCCAAACAUGAUGAAAAACAUGCAUUGAGAAGACAUCUUAAAUAAUUCAAUGCCGUCAUCAAAAAUACUUCUGAAUUGUUGCUACGGAUUACAAGAUUUGCCUAAAUUGUUGUAAACUUAUCAAAAUAAAUAAUAAAUAGUCUUUUAAACGUUUCCUUAAUUUACAAAUUCAUUAGCUGAAAAAAAAAGAGAAAUUGAAAAGUAAUUAUUUAAAACAAUACUAAGUAAAACUAACAAAGUUUAUAUUGCAAGAAUAUUAAAUGAGUUAAUGUUGCAAUAUAAACUUCUUUGAUAUCUUAAAACACUUGAAUAGAAAUAAAAUAAAUUGAAGCAUA